AUGGCGGCGGCGCUGAGGGGCCGCGCGGGCCCGGGCGGGGCCCCGGCGCUGUGGCGGCUCCAGAGCCGGCGGCGAAGCUCGUUCGACGUGGCCGUGGUUGGUGCGGGGAUCGUGGGCCUGGCCACGGCCCGGGAGCUGCAGCAGCGCCACCCCUCGCUGGCCUUGGCCGUGCUGGAGAAGGAGCAGGAGCCAGCCCAUCACCAGAGUGGCCACAACAGUGGUGUGAUCCACAGUGGGAUUUACUACACUCCUGGCUCCCUGAAGGCCCGGCUGUGCGUGCAGGGGGCAGCCCUGUGCUACAGAUACUGUGACCAGAAGGGCAUUCCCUACAAGCAGUGUGGGAAGCUGAUUGUGGCUGUGGAACAGGAUGAGAUCCCAAGGCUCAAAGCUCUGUACGAGAGGGGGCUGCAGAACAAUGUCCCAGGGCUGAAACUCAUUGGAGCCAAGGAAAUCCAGGAGAAGGAGCCCUUCUGCAGGGGACUGAUGGCCCUGGACUCUCCCUACACUGGCAUUGUGGAUUACAAACAAGUGGCCCAGUCCUAUGCCAGAGACUUCCAGGAAGCAGGGGGCACAAUCCUGACUGGUUUUGAGGUCACAGACAUGGAGAUGGCCAAAGAAAGUCCUGCACAAAGUGAAGAUGGGCUGAAAUACCCAGUCAUUGUUAGGAGCAAAAAGGGGCAGGAGGUGACCUGUGGGCACAUCCUGACCUGUGCUGGGCUCCACUCCGACCGCCUGGCGCGGAUCAGCGGCUGCAGCCCCCAGCCCAGGAUUGUCCCUUUCCGAGGGGAUUAUCUGCUGCUAAAACCAGAAAAGUCUUAUUUGGUCAAAGGAAAUAUUUAUCCAGUCCCCAACCCUCGUUUCCCAUUCCUGGGCUUCCAUUUCACUCCCAGGAUGGAUGGCAGUGUCUGGCUUGGCCCUAAUGCAGUGCUGGCCUUUAAGAGAGAGGGCUACAAACUCCUGGACUUCAGCCCUGGGGACUUCUUGGAUGCUGUCACCUACAGUGGGCUGUGGAAGCUGGUGCUGAGGAACGUGUCCUACGGCCUGGGGGAGCUGUACAGAGCCUUCUCCCUCAGUGCCCAGGUCAGGCAGCUGCAGAGGUUCAUCCCUGAGGUCACCACCAAUGAUGUUCUCAGGGGUCCCUCAGGUGUGAGAGCCCAGGCCCUGGACAGUGAGGGCAACCUGGUGGAUGACUUUGUGUUUGAUGGGGGCUCGGGGCCCGUGGGCAGCAGGAUCCUGCACGUCAGGAACGCUCCCUCCCCCGCGGCCACCUCCUCCCUGGCCAUCGCCGCCGCCAUCGCCGACGAGGCGCAGCGCCGCUUCCGGCUCUGAGGGAGCAGGGGCCCCGGCAGGAAUGCCGGCAGGAACCCUGCCUGCUGCCCCCCUGCAGCCUGCCACUGCCCCCGAGGGACACACAGCCACCAGGCACUGUUCUGGGCCCGCUCUGUGCUGAGAAGGGUUUGGCCAUGGAGCAGCCGUGGCGGGCUGUGCAGCACAGGCACGGCAGGCUGGGAUCCCUCUCUGUGCUGGGACCCCUCCCUGUGCUGGGAUCCCUCCCUGUGCUGGGAUCCAUCCCUGUUCCCUGUGCUGGGAUCCCUCCCCGUGCUGGGAUCCCUCCCCGUGCUGGGAUCCCUCCCCGUGCUGGGAUCCCUCCCUGUGCUGGGAUCCCUCUCUGUGCUGGGAUCCCUCCCUGUUCCCUGUGCUGGGAUCCCUCCCUGUGCUGGGAUCCCUCUCUGUGCUGGGAUCCCUCCCUGUUCCCUGUGCUGGGAUCCCUCCCUGUGCUGGGAUCCUCUCUGUGCUGGGAUCCCUCCCCAUGCUGGGAUUUUCCUCCUGGAUUUGCCAUGGCUGUGCUCACAGUGCUGCCUCCUCAGAGAAACCUCAGGCCUCCUCACAAGCCACAGGCGUGGUGGCUCUGAUGCCACUCAGAUUGGGUGUGCAGCCCUCAGGAUGGCACGGAGGUAAUGGAACAGGAGGAUAAACCCUGCUGAUGUGGAAUUAAAGGCUUUGGCAGAGAUUGAGAACAAUAUUCAGAGCCUUCAACCUGAAUGUAGAGUAUUUCACAGAAAAAUAAGCUUCAAGGGGAUUACCAAAGCCAAGUCAAUUCAGAUCUGCAAUUCAGAUACUCUGUCUGAUCACUGGCUGUGUUUUUUAUAAAGCAGAAAUCAGAACAUGGAUACAAA